AUGAGAAGGGGAUGCAACGGGAGCCAGGACGCUAAUGAGCACACUGGUGCCAGCAGGAGGACGGGCCGCUACGAGAACAAUAACGGCAACGUGAACACGAGCGCCAAAGAUAACACGGGUUGCAACACAGACGCCGGCAAGAACACGGGCCACAACGAGAUCACGAGCGCCAGCGAGGGGGAGGACUCCAAUAAGAACACGAGCGUCAACAAGAUCACGGCGCCAAGGGGAACACGGGCACCAGAGUGGGCCCUGUGCUACAGAGAACACGGAUGUCACGAAGAGCACGGGAGCCAACGGGAGCGUGAACGCCAACGAGAACACGGCGACACAGCGGACACGAGCGACACAGAGAACACGGGCGACACAGAGAACCCGGCAACCUCGGGGAACACGGACGCAAACGGGGGCACGGACGCCAGCGAGAUCACGAGCGCCAAUGAGAACAUCGACACCAGCAAGAACGCUGUACCACAGAGAUCACGGACACCACAAAGAACACGGAAGCCAACAGGAGCACAGACGCCAGCGAAAACACGGGUGCCAACGAGAGCACGAACUUCUGCGAGUACUUGA